AUGCGAAACUCCUAAAGCAUUUUUGAUUAAGAUGCUUCUUUUACUCAUGGAGGUAAAAUUUAUGUAAUUGAAAAAAAAUUAAGUGAGGCAGUUGAUGCAAAAGGUGUUAUACCUUCUUAAUUUGACAACUACUUAAUAACUUCAAAUGAAGAGGAAUUUAUACUAAAAAUGACAAAAAAUAUUUCAAAUAGACCUGGGAUUACUUACGAUUCUGAUGAAGAUUAGUUAAUCGAAAAGGAGUAUAAUGUUUUAAAAAAAAUUAACACACAUCCUCAUACACUCUAAUGCACUGCAAAAGUGAUUAUCGUUGAUAAAUUUUAAAAUGCGCACUACUCACUUAUAAUAAAAAAGCUUUAAUACAAUAGUCUUGAAAAAUAUUUAGAUGUGAAGCUACACAAAUUAAACACACAGGCUUUGAUUGAUUUAAGCAUAUCUGUAGUUGAAUCUUUUUUGAGCUUUGACUACGAGAAUAUAUUUUAUAAUGAUGAACUCACUUUAUCUUCUUUCGGUGUUGACGAAAAUGAAAGCAUUGUUAUUAGCAAUGGGUUUUCUUUUUGCAAAAUAAAUUAGCCUGAAAAUAAAUAAGAAGAUAAUUAAAGCUAUAUUUACAAAAAAAAUUGUGCAUAAAUUAAGAGUAUAGUCUUCUCAAUACUAACUGUAAAUAAAGAAUUAUUAAAAAAGUACAUCACACCUUAUAAUUUGUAUAACUUAGUGGAUAAAAUUAUAUAAAAUAGUAACCUAAUGAAUUAAAUUAAAAAUUAUCAUGAUUUCGAAACUAUAUUUCAAGACAAUGACUUAAAGGGUCUACAAAAUUUUCUUUAAUACCUAAACAAUUUAAAUAAGAAUCCCAUUUAAUCUUCGCAGUAUAAUAGGCAGUAAACAAGCUAAAUGGAAAAAAUUCAAAAAAUACCCACUUAAGUGUAUAAAAUGGCUAUCAAUACUGAAAAAACUGAAUUAACUAUCCCUGAUGGUAAAGGGUCUCAAAUUGACAUAAAUACCAUACCUGAGGAAUAUUGCAGUGAUUCAUUUGAUAACUCAUAAAAAUCAUACCAAAUUGUUAAAAUCAAAAAUUUUAAAAAUAAUGAAAAUAGAGGUAGAGAUGAUUCUAAUUGUAUAACUGAUUCAAAGAUUGCUGCCUAAAAUGAUGCUAAUGCCAAUAAGCUGUUAAGUAUCUAUGGUGAAAAUUAAAAUAUAUUGAAUAUUUAUGAUACAAAAAACAAUCAACCAGUGUUAAUUGAAAUGCAGUAUCCUUAUUAAAUCAAAUCGAACAAUGAUAAUAGAGAAAAGAAAGCAUCAAAUUAAGACAAGGGGAAAGAAGCAAAUUAAUAAAAAUAACCUGCGCUUUAAGAUAGCAUUUUUAAUGAUUAUUAAGGAAGACAAAGCAUUCAAAGUUAAACUUCAAAUUUUUCAAAUUAAUCUGAGUCAUUUAAAAGAAAGGCUGAUAAGUUGAAAGACGAAGAAAUCGAAGAUAUUUCUUAACAGACAAAGGCCAAAUAAAAACAAAAAGGCGAGUAUUAAGAUCGCAAGUAAUAACUUUAAAUGGCAAAAUAAGUUGAGCUAAAUAUUAAAAAGUAAUAAAUAAAGAAAUAAAGCAGUGAUGAAGAAAAUCAAUAUCAAAGUGGUAGCUCUGAUCCUGCUAAUUUCCCAGAUACCUAAAGAAUCAAAUCUGAAAGUCUUUAAGAUAAACUGCUGACUCAGAUAUAAGAAAGCAAUUCAUUCAUUUCAGAUACUAACGUCGUAAGAAUUCUAUUGGCUCUUCUCCUUUUGUUUAUUAUUGGAGGUAUUAUAUUCGGAGUAGUAUUCAACUUUGGUGUCAAAACCCCCAAUAAUUCACAAAAUAUAGUAUGUCAAGACCAAAACUGUUCGUACUGCGCUGAAUUUGAAGACUAGUGCACAUCCUGUAAAUCAGGAUAUUACUACGAUAGCUAUUCAUAAAAGUGCUAGCCUAAUUGCACAACAUCUAAUUGCAGUGUUUGCAUAACUAAUUACCAAAAUUGUGAGCAAUGUUAAACAGGUUACACUUUAUAUUAAAAUAGCUGCCUUAAUAGUUAACAAAGUUGCCCUAUUCAAAAUUGUUCAUCAUGCUUAAAUCUGAAGUGUACUUAAUGCAAUAGUGGUUAUAGAUUAUACAACCUCCAAUGCUAUAAAAUAUGCAGUGAUCCAAUUUGCUUAUAAUGCCCAAACAACUCAAAUAUUUGCACUCAGUGCGAGCCUAAUUUUUAUGUCAAUCCAGCAACUAACACUUGCAAAAGCAUUUGA